GAUAGGAGCGAUGAGAGGGAAAGACUGCAGAACUAAUCCUACUCGGCGAGGAGUCGGGCAAAGAAUCCUCUUUACAGGACCUGAUGGCAUUGGGAAUUACAGAGUCAGACUGUGUGAUUUCCCCCAUAGCAUCGGCAUCGGCGCCUUGUCCUCGGAGGCCACAGGGGAUUUAAAUUACCUCUUCCGUCAUGCACCAUGUGCAUUACCAUGGCUGCCCAAGCACUGCUACGUUGGAGGAGUGGGAUGGGGCAUUGAGCAUGGACUCAGACUCAAUGCCAGAUCUUUACUCAGCAACACACAGAUCAAGCGUUCUGAGUUUCGCUCGGUCAUGGAGGACAAGAUAUCUCAGAUAUUUCAGACCUCAUGGCAAGCGACGCCAUGCUUUUUAGACAGGCAGGAGCCAAGUUCCCGAGGGGACCAGAGUGUCUAUGAGAACGACAGUCUGGACACCAACAAUCAGAUCCGAGUGAGAAAGAGACGGUCAUCUGAGAAGACAUCGGCAAACAAAACACACCAGAGUGACUUUACUUUGCCAGCCAUAGCACGAGGCAGAACGUAAUGAAAACAUCCACAACCACAAUGAUGUGCACUUGUUAUCUGGAUUGGUUUAGAACACGCUGUGUAGGAA